GAGGGUUACGUCGAGUGUUUCCUGGCUGUAACGUGCUGUCCCACGUGUGAUAAUGAUACUAAGUGAUUUAUAAUAUUAUCAUGGGGAAGAAUAAAACUGAUAAAACCAAGGAGUCAAAAAGACAAGCUGACAAAACCGGACAAAAUCCGAGCAAAAAGAAAAUUAAAGGAGAUGGCAAACCUAAGAAAACCGCACAGGAGGACCACCUCCAACACAUUCCCUUCAGGCUCCGAGAGAUAAUGAAGAGCAAGGAUAAAAUGAAAAACGAAUCUUUGGGGGGCAAAAAGCUAAAAAAAGCCCUCCUGUUGCAGUCUAAACCAAACGAUACCCUAGGCCUAGAUGGAGACAUAGCUGUUCCUCGAUUCAGAAAGGGGAAGACAGAAAGUGUCGGUGCAUAUGUUAGGCGCAUGGAAAAUGAGACACAACAUGUGCUAUUCCUCACAAAUAACCAAGUGGAGAGAAAACCUGAGCUUGAGCCGGACAAACAAGACAAGGCUGCAGGCACGGGGAAGUCAGAGAAGAAGAAGGAGUAUGCAAAAAUGAGGCUGAGCAAACUGCAGCAGAAGAAGUUGGAUAAACAAGAGGACCAAAUAGAGAAAGAGUUGUUUGUUGAUAAUGUUCCAUUUGGUGAAGUUUCCAUGGCUCCACCGUCUCUGAGCACCAAACCGAAGAAGGCUCCAGUCAAAACUCAGGCGUCAAAGGAGUUGCUCCUCAACUCUCUGCUCGGCCACAGCAUGGCGUCCACAGCGAAGCCCUCCAUGGCCAGACAGAGGAUGAUGGAGGAGGAGAGGCAGCGAGCAGUGGAGGCCUAUCGCCUGCUGAAGAAACAGAAACAACAGGAGCAACAGACCAGAAAUGCAAACCUGGGAAAACUCUUGAACCUUGAGUGACAUCUAACGUCACUAAAAUCAAUAUAACUGCUCAUCUCCAGUUGGUGUGAUGGGCUGCACCAGGCCUUGAUAUACAGACUUGACAGAAUGAUAAUCUCCUCUAGAUUGCUUAGAGACUCUACUUGCAAACACUUUACACCGCAUUUUUUAAAAAUAUGCAGGAUUCACCUACUUUCAUAAAGUUAGGUUAGUUGGUAUUAGGACAUUCAAAAAAAGAGAGAUUGAACAUGUAUAAUUACUGAAAAACAUGUAAACGAGCAAACGGUGGAUUACUCAAUGGGUUAAUUGUGUUGGUUGUUUCCUCAUAAAUGCUUGUUUGCAUUUACACUUCCUGUCAGGUGUCUGCGUAAGUUCACAUUACCAUGCAAAUGUUCCCUCUUCAGGCAAGCCCAGUGGCGUCAUGAGCACCAUAAAUUCAUAAAUCAUAGUUUUUUAUUUUUUUUCCAUUUGUUUAUUUUGCAGGGAAUAGUUACUUUUUGUUUUGCAUUUGAGGAUAACAUUCCCCUUGUUGUAAACUGGUCUACAGUUGGCCUAGAUGGAGAAAAAAAACAUUUUCAGUGGAACAUCUUUUCUUUUUGUGUGACCUAAUAACUUUUAGAUCUUGUGCUGAUUCUUGUAGCCACUGACCUUGACUCUAUGUUGAGUUGGUAAGAGCAAAAAUGAACAUUUUACAUGUGGUUUGAUCAUCACCACCAAUUUUAUAACAUGAAAGACCCAAACAAAGUAUGUAAACAUACAGAUGGUCUGUAACGGCCUCGAGGCCUGUUAGGACUUCAGUGAGCACACAACCAACAAUAGACCAGUCAGGGUCACCGGAAACUGAUCUACACACCUUCUACCUAUAAUGAAGAAAGUUGAGAUAAGCAGCUAAGAGUGCUACAUUAGCCAAAGGAGCUGCAGAGAUCCACAUAUCAUGAUUCGAUAGAAAAAUAUCAAUUAAGCACCCCACAAAACCAACCUUUAUGGAAUAAGAAAAGCCAUUGUCAAAAAGUCACAAAUUGCCACAAAUUAUGUUGACAAAGAAAAUAUGCGGAAGACGGUGCUUCGGUCCAGUCUGACCAAAAUGAAGCGUUCUGGUCCGCAUGUUCAAUGAAAAAUAAUACACUUCUGCUUUACCAGAGGUAAAGCAUAAGAAUGUGUUGGAAUGAUCCAAGCUCCAGUAAUAAGAAGCUCUAGAGACACCCUCCAUCAACUCUCCUGGGGCUUAAUCUAUUUGUAAGGAAGUAGGUCCAACAGCAAUAGGAGCAGCUCAACAAUGUAAUACCACAUGGGCUGAGCAGAAGAACAUGUACUGUACAUUUUUCUAAUCAUUUAAAAUAAAUAUUGAAUUCUAA